GGGUAGUUCGUAUUAGGGGCCGAAGACUUAUCCUCACAGAAUCCGACUCCCUCCAACAAUAACCACCACUGCAUUGCCCUUCCAUUCUCCUCCACCCACUCCAAAUCCUAACCCUUUUUCUCGCUCCUCUCCCCCCCAUCUUCUCCUCCUCUUUCUUUUCCUCGUCAAACCUCUCAACCACAUUUACUUUCGUUCACUUUUUCUUCUCCACCGAAAUCAUGGCUUCUGCUUCUGCUGCACUGACUGCUGCAGUCUCUCUGCCAUCCUCCAAGUCAUCUCCUCUUCCCACCAGAACAUCUAUAACCUCUCUGGAGAGAAUCGGCUUCAGCAAGACUUGUUUGUACUAUAGGAAUGUCUCUAUUCGUGGGAGAGUGGUUUCUAUCAGAGCUCAGGUCACCACUGAGGCACCGGCUAAGGUAGAGAAGAUUUCCAAAAAGAAUGAAGAAGAUGUGGUUGUUAACAAGUUCAAGCCCAAGAACCCAUACACUGGUAGAUGCCUUCUCAACACCAAGAUCACCGGCGAUGAUGCUCCCGGAGAAACUUGGCACAUGGUCUUCAGCACUGAAGGGGAAGUCCCAUACAGAGAAGGGCAAUCUAUUGGAGUAAUUCCGGAUGGCGUUGACAAGAACGGAAAGCCCCACAAGCUGAGGCUGUACUCGAUUGCCAGCAGCGCUCUUGGGGACUUCGGAGACUCCAAGACCGUCUCUCUGUGUGUCAAGCGACUUGUUUAUACCAAUGAACAAGGGGAAAUAGUUAAAGGAGUUUGCUCAAAUUUCCUAUGUGAUUUGAAACCUGGAGCUGAAGUGAAGAUUACAGGACCUGUUGGGAAAGAAAUGCUUAUGCCAAAAGAUCCUAAUGCCACAAUCAUAAUGCUUGCAACAGGAACAGGAAUUGCUCCUUUUCGUUCAUUCUUGUGGAAAAUGUUCUUUGAGAAGCAUGAAGACUACAAGUUCAACGGAUUGGCAUGGCUCUUUUUGGGUGUUCCAACAAGUAGUUCAUUGCUCUACAAGGAGGAAUUUGAGAAAAUGAAAGAGAAAGCACCCAACAACUUCAGGCUUGACUUUGCUGUGAGCAGAGAACAAACAAAUGAAAAAGGUGAGAAGAUGUACAUUCAAACCCGAAUGGCCCAGUACGCAGAGGAGCUAUGGGAGUUACUCAAGAAAGACAACACCUAUAUCUAUAUGUGUGGACUGAAGGGAAUGGAGAAGGGAAUUGAUGACAUAAUGGUGUCUUUAGCUGCAAAGGAUGGAAUUGAUUGGGCCGAGUACAAGAAGCAGUUGAAGAAGGGAGAGCAGUGGAAUGUGGAAGUAUAUUGAAGCUUGCUUCUUUAUGGAAGCGCUUUUAUCUGCAGAAGCCAUCCUGCCAUGCUCCCCUGUGUGCUAUGUAGAUAGGUAACAUUGUAAUUUGUUUUAAUUUUCUUAUAAAGCAGUUCUAUUGCUGUGGCUCCUGCAAAAGUUGGAACAAAGAGCGAAUAUCUACCAACCAUACAGUGUAGUGGGAAGUAACUUCAACCUCUUGUAAGCAUUUUUCAACUUCAUUUGUUGAUAUCAAUCCCAAUUUUCAUGCAGCAAACAUGAGUAUGUUUCAAUAUGGAUUACAUUUUGGACAGUAGAACUAGCAUAAUUUGGCUCCAUCA